GCAAUCAAACUUUCAAGUACCAAGACUAUCGUACCAUAUGAAUACUACUAUCUUCCAUUUUGUCGUCCUGAUGGAGAUUUACUGUACAAAUCAGAAAAUCUCGGUGAAGUCAUGCGUGGAGAUCGUAUCGUAAACACUCCGUACCAGUUAUUUAUGAAAGAGGACAUAGCAUGUGCUUCUGCCUGCACAAAGGCUGAACCGGUGGAGGUAAGCGCAUCGGCAGCGAAGAGGCUGGUAGACAAUCUUCCUUCUGCUACAAAGUACGAAGUGCCGAAAACUGGAGAAGUUUUCUAUGACCUCGGCUAUAAAAUUGGCUGGGUCGGCGAGGAUGGCAAGGUAUUCCUGAAUAAUCAUUUGGAUAUAGUGAUGCUCUAUCAUGAACACAUGCCUGGAUUGUACCGUGUCGUUGGUUUUGAAGUGAAACCUCGAUCGAUAAAAUCUGUUACCUUCACAAAGGAUAAGAAGUGUACUGAUCGGAAGGAAACAAACUUUUACGAAUUAAAAGAAGAAGGUCAGCGGAUUCAUUGGACUUAUAGUGUGACAUGGGAAAUUAGUUUCUUGAGUGUAUCUAUUGUGCGUACUGUACGUCGUGAUAUUGCUCACUAUAAUAAGGACGAAGCUGAGGAUGACACUCUUGAAGAGACGGGAUGGAAGCUUGUUCAUGGUGACGUGUUCCGGCCUCCACCACAUCAGAUGAUCCUUGUGAACAUGGUAGGAACUGGUAUACAACUGCUCGUCUUUGCAAUGCUGGGAAUGUUAUCACCGGCAAGCCGUGGAUCGCUCAUGUCAGCAGCUGUGUUCUUAUUCUGUUUCAUGGGUCUCGUCAGUGGUUAUCAAGCUGGUCGCCUAUACAAGACAUUGAAGGGACGCAACCCAAUUAGAUGUGCAAUUCAGACUGGAACUCUCUUUCCAUCACUCAUUCUUGGAAGUGGAUUUCUUCUCAACUUCUUCCUCAUUAGCAAGCAAUCUUCGGGAGCUGUUCCUUUCGGCACUAUGAUUGCCUUGCUACUCAUGUGGUUCGGAAUUGACUUGCCAUUGGUGUUCCUUGGAUUUUACUUCGGAUACAGAAAACAGCCGUAUACUCAUCCAGUGCGCACAAAUCAGAUACCGCGCCAGGUACCAGAUCAGCCGUGGUAUCUGCGAACAAUACCAUGUACAUUGCUCGCAGGAGUUUUGCCGUUCGGUGCAAUGUUCAUCGAAUUAUUCUUUAUUUUCUCGGCAAUUUGGGAGAAUCAGUUCUAUUACUUGUUCGGCUUCCUGUUCAUCGUCUGUAUGAUUCUCGUUAUUAGCACGGCGCAGAUUUCUGUUGUAGCCACUUAUUUCAUGUUAUGUGCAGAGAACUAUCGUUGGUGGUGGAAGUCAUUUAUUGUCAGUGGAGGCUCUGCAGUCUAUGUCAUGGCAUACUCAAUCUUCUACUACAAUACCAAGCUUGACAUCGAAGGUUUUGUGCCGACGGUGUUGUACUUCAGUUAUUCUGCUCUGAUGGCGAUCACAUUCUGGUUCCUAACCGGUACAAUCGGAUUCUAUGCGUCAUACGCUUUCUUGCGACGUAUUUAUGCCGCUGUGAAGAUUGAUUAG